AUGUCAAAACGGGAUACUCUUGUACUCGAGUUCUACGACAUUACGUUUGGGACGUUCUACUCCCACACGGUGCUGUGUGCGCAACAGGGGACCGGGAUCUUGGAAGUCGACAGCCCGCUACCCGACGCCGUGACAGUUGACGUCAGACUUCGCAUUAAACUCGCGGCGUACUCGUCGCGUAGGUUUGCGCGCGCGCCGACUUUGCGCUAA